UGUAGGUUUUGUACAUAAUUUCAUGCUUUAAAACGUUUUUUUAUGUUUAUGUUUAAAAAAUAUUAAGGUUAUGUUUCCAGUUGAAACGUUAAAAGCUUAAAAUUGUCAAAAUCCAGUUUUCCACGAAAGUCUUGAAAAGGGCAGAGAUGCAUUUCUGACAUCCUAUUGGUCGCCAGUUUACAUUCAUUUUACACCAAUUAUACAUUCAUAUAGCUGCUCCAAAUGUACACACAAGAGAAAUUCUGUUUAAUUUCCUGAUGAAUUAGUGUGGUGUGGGCGUGGAGGUUAACUUUGAGUGAAAAGUGAAUCCAAUUUCCAAGUGUCAAACGUGUUUUACUCCAAAACGGCAUAAAAAAGGAAAUAAUAGAAAACGAGUGCUGUAGUGACAGAUUUACUAGUCCUUCUCCAGAUUAGGAAAAUUUCUUACAUCUGAUUAUGCCUGGGAUUACAGGAAUGUCAAUGGAUCACAUGUUUUGCUCUCGUUGUCGAGAAGGAUUCGAACCCCAUGAAAAAAUCGUCAAUUCCAAUGGAGAACUCUGGCAUCCUCAGUGCUUCGUAUGUGCACAAUGUUUUCGUCCAUUCCCAGAGGGAAUAUUUUAUGAAUUCGAAGGACGGAAAUACUGUGAACAUGAUUUCCAUGUCUUGUUUGCUCCAUGCUGUGGCAAGUGUGGUGAGUUCGUCAUCGGGAGGGUCAUCAAAGCCAUGAACGCGAAUUGGCAUCCAGGAUGUUUCCGAUGCGAAGAAUGUAAUGGGGAAUUGGCAGAUGCUGGAUUCAUCAAAUGCCAGGGAAGAGCUCUUUGUCAUACUUGCAAUGCUAGAAUAAAAGCUGGUGCUCUUGGGAAACACAUUUGUCAUCAAUGCCAUGGCGUUAUCGAUGACAAACCCCUUCGAUUCCGUGGUGAGGUUUAUCACCCUUAUCACUACAAUUGUGCUUCGUGUGGAGUUGAAUUAAAUUCGGAUGCGAGGGAAGUACGAUCACGACCAGGAUAUGCCGUAAACGAGAUGAACGAGUUAUAUUGCUUGAGAUGCCACGACAAAAUGGGCGUUCCAAUUUGCGGAGCUUGUCGACGCCCGAUAGAAGAACGAGUGGUCACUGCGCUUGGAAAGCACUGGCACGUGGAGCAUUUUGUUUGUGCAAAAUGCGAGAAACCUUUCCUGGGACAUCGACAUUACGAGAAAAAGGGUCUUGCCUAUUGCGAGACUCAUUAUCAUCAACUUUUCGGCAAUCUUUGCUUCGUUUGCAAUCAAGUUAUCGCAGGCGAUGUGUUUACCGCUCUCAACAAAGCCUGGUGCGUUCACCACUUUGCUUGUGCCUUCUGCGACCAAAAAAUGAAUCAGAAAACCAAGUUUUUCGAGUUUGAUUUAAAACCAGCUUGCAAAAAGUGCUAUGAUAAAUUCCCCACUGAAUUGAAGAAACGCAUGCGUCGUAUGCACGAGUUGAAGGGAUAUUCACCAAAACCUGCCUAAGGUUUCCAAUAUAAUCUUUAUUUAAAAAGCGUAAUUGGGAACUGACGAUUAUUAUCUUGCAAUAUUGAAAAUAACUCAAAAUAUAUAGCGCUGUUAUUUAUUGUAGCAGUACUUAAUAGUUAACAUGAUUUCUGCGAAAUAGCGGAUGAAGCUGUCACUUUGACAAGUAAUUGGUAAAUGAAAAAGUCAAAAA